AUGUCAUCAUCCACCAAUACGACUCGAGAAUUUUAUUUCACUUCGGAUGGUCUCUACGUUAAUAUCACUUCCAGCAAUUACUUUCUUCCAAAUUAUGUCACUUAUCUGUCACUCACGAAUUCCUUCUUCUUUCUCUCUUGUUACGCCAUCUUUUAUUUAUGUUUCGCCAUCAUGCUUUUCAUUUUACAAAAACGAAAAAUUCCAAUUAAGAAAAAUCCCAAAAUUCUCUUUACUACGGUUGGAAUUUUUGUUGGAAUUCAAUGUGCGAAUUUAUUGAUUCGAAUCAUGUAUGAAAGUUGGACAUGGAAUGCAAAAAAUUUGUACGAUUCAGGACAGACUCUGUUUCGAGUGGAAUACUUUUUUGGAUGGAAAGUAUUGGCUUCAUUGACGACAUGUUCAUUGUUUUGGAAUUAUGUGUUUGUGUUUGUGAUUUUGUUUUUUGUUCAACUCAUGUUUUGGAAAACAGCAUGGUCCCUUCGAGCCAUUUCCAAACAAUUCUAUCACUUUUUUCGAAUUUUAAACAUUGUCAUCUUUUCCUUAUUUAUCACCCUCAUGACACUUAUUGUCAUUGUCAUUCCUUUCAUUGAAUACUCUGCAGAAUUGUACCUAGUCGACUCCAAAACUCGAACCAACGUCUAUUACGGUCUCUUCAGUGCUUUGGUCACAAUGUUUCUUUUCGAUUCUUUCACAACUGUGUUGAGCGCCAUUUCGAUCGUGAAAGGAAUUCGAAAAAAUUCAUCCAAAUUUCGUUCGAGUGGAAGUUCUUCUUCCUUCAUUUCAUUAAGUAGAAAUAAUCCUUUCAUUGUUACAUUGGGAUUAAUGAUUGGAUUAAUUUUAUGUAUUUUAUGUCAAAUUCUUGCUGCUGCAAUUGCAUCUUCAGUGGGAUCUGGAAAAUCAGGUUUGAAAAUUAUUUGGCACUUUUUUACAUGUUUGGCAGUGUUGAUUUUUGCAGUAUUGAGCUUGUUGUUGUUUUAUCCCAUGUUUAUUCAGACAGAGAAGGUCUUGUUGAAAUUGAAUGAAUUGGAUUCUGGUCGAAGAAGAUCAACAACCAUCCAGUCACCUGUCAUUCCACAUGUCCAGACAAAAUCCAAUGAAACCAAUACUCAAUCAACUCCUGAAAUUCAAUCACAGAAUUCUCCUGAACAAGUCAAUCCUUCCAUCAUCCUUACAUUCAACGAUCCAACUCCACAAUCUUCUCCCACAACCUCGCAAAUUCCUAAAAAUUCUUCCACCAUUGCCUUAAUCGACACGAGUGCAUAUGCAACCACAACUUCGGAACCAAUCACUCCACUCUCGACUCCACCCUUGAUGAUGAUGACUUCACCUUCUUCAAUCUCUAUGAACAGUCCUUCUCCUCCAACGACCAUGAACAACAGUGAUGUGCCUUCUUCGUAUGUAUAA